AUGUCCAACGAUCCAUCCACGUCGGCCGGGCCAUCCCCCCUCGCCGCCACCGCCAUCCCCUCCAGCUUCGAUUCGUCGCCGGAAUUCUACGAAGAAUCCCGCUUCCAGAAGCUCUGGCGCAAACUGCGUCAAGAGCCACUGAUUCCUCUGGGCUGCGCGGCGACAUGCUACGCCCUGUACAUGGCGACCAAAUCCAUCCGCGCGGGCGACCAUCACCAAACCAAUCGCAUGUUCCGCGCGAGAAUCUACGCCCAGGGCUUCACCUUACUGGCCCUCGUGGCGGGCAGUAUCUUUUACAAGGACGAGAGGAUGAGGAGGAAGGAGUUCGAGACGAAAUUGGAAGAGAAAAGAAACGCGGAGAAGAGGGAGAAGUGGUUGGCCGAACUCGAGGCUAGAGAUCAGGAGGAUAGGGAGUGGAGGGAAAAGAUCGAGCAGGCGAGUCGAAUGGCGCAAGAGACGAGCGAGAAUAUCAGGGAUAAGGCGGACAGAAUGAUUGAAGGCGGGAAGGAGGGCCUGCAGAAGGCCCAGGAACAGUUGACCUCCUCCCCCGAAGCCGCUGGGCCAGGAGACAAGAAGAAGAGCAGUUGGGCUAUCUGGAAUAAGAGCGUGCUGGAGGAGGUCAAUGAGGAUGGCUGGGGCCCCGGUAUGUGGGCGAAGAGAACGAGGGAUGCGUGGAAGAGGUUCUGA